AUGAGGGAGCGCAAAGGGCCCGCGCACCCCUCCUCCUCGCGCAACGGCGCCGGCGCGCACCGCUCCUCCCGCAACUCGUGGCUCCGCUUCUUCUUUCCUGGCCCCAGCAGCAGCAGCGGCGGCGGCGGCGGCGGCGGCAGCAGUCGGCGGAUCGGGUCGUGGCUGCUGCUGCUGUGCCUCGUCGUCGGAUUCGUCUACUGGGUGCUCGUGCUGCAGCUCUUAGUGGGUUUCGCUGAGCAAAAAGAGCUUAUAUCGGAGACGCGACACCGGGGGUUCGUGAAGUGGGAGCGGCACAGGCACGUGUUUCCGUGGAAGAUCGGACUCACCGCGCACCCGCACGUCGUUCCGCGCGACCGCCUGGGAAAGCGCUGGGGGCGCAAGCGGCGCGCGCGGAAACGCGCCGCCAAGUUAAAGGCGCAGGCGCGGGCGCAGCCGAAGCCGGGGGGCGUCAAGGGGGGAAACAAAACGGCGCAGAUCGGCGCGGGCGGGGGCGCGGAGAAGAAGGCGGGGGCGGGGGGGAGCAAGAAACUGCCAGCGGCGGGCGGAGGAGAUGCGGGAGCUGGGAAGAGUGGCGCAAGUGGCGCGGGGAAGGACAAGGGGUCCGGGGGAACAGCAAGCGCGGACGCGGGGAAAGGGGGGAGCGGCAGUGGGGCUAAGAAUGGAGAAUUUCAAUUGGAAGGGGCACAGUUGGGGAAAGCAGGUUCAGGAGUUGGGGGAGAUGCGGGAAAGGCGAAGGCGGUGGCGGGUGGUGGUGGUGGCAGUGGCAUGACGAGCAACAGCAGCAGCAGCAGCAGCAGUGUGAGCAGUGGUAGUAAUAGCGGAGACGCGAGUGGGAGGGCUGGUGCAACGGAGAGGAGUGCUGGGGGCGAGAGGACGGGUGGGGGUGGCGGUGGUGAGGCGUCUGGUGAGGAGGGGUCAGGCAGGGGAGGGUGGUGGCGCAGGCGGCGCAGGGCUCGGCGGGGAGAGUUGACCCCAAUUCAUCUGGACUUGUACAAACGCCGCAAGGCCGCCCGGGCUGCCAGCGCUGUAAAGGCCGCUCGCACGCUGCAAGCAAGCAGCGCACGCAAUGGCAGCAGCAGCAGGGAGGGGGUGAUGGGAGGUGCGGAGGGCGAGGGGGUGUGCGUGGGGGAGGAGUGUCCGGUGUUUGGCAACUGUGAGGGCGAGUUGAUUGGCGUGGCGGCGUGUUGGAACAAAGGCCUGCACGACCCCUUGCUCGCCCGCCCCCGCUCGCCCUCCACCUGCCCUCGCUUGGGACCUGCCGCUGCCACUAACUCCUCUGCUGGGGCUGGCGCGACUGGCGCUGCUGCUGGUGCUGCUGCUGCUGGCAAUGCUGGCAGUGGCAGUAGGGCGGUGGGGAGGGCAGCAGCAGCAGCGGCGCGCAGUGCGUUGUGCGGGCAUGAGGCGGACUUUGAACUGCUGCCGCAGUGGAUGAGCCAGGUGUUUCGGCUGGAGAGUGUGCGAGUGGAUGCGUGGGGGCGAGUGUUCAACGGCACCACUCUCUUCCACUCCAACGCCUGCCCUGCUCCCACCGACCGCCCCAGCCAUACCAACCCAAGCACCAACCACCAUGUCAUCAGUGACAGCCAAGUGCAGCACCAGCAGCAGCAGCAGCAGCAGCUGCAACAACAGCAGCCGUACACGCGGGCGUCGGUCCCCCGCCCCAGCCUGCACCUACCCCUGGCGGUGAACCUGGCGCUCCCCCACCCGCUGCACGCCAGCGACGCCCUGGUGCACUACCUGCCGCUGCUGCUCGCCCUGCACUCCUCCCUCGCCGCCAUGCCCCUCAUGUCCUUCCUCGUCGGCACUGCUGGGGAGGGGGAAGCGGGGGGUGGCGGUGGAUGGGGGGAGAGGGGGAGGGGCAGGCGGAAGGGGAAGGGGCUGUCGGGGUUUUUUGGGGGGAAGGGCGGGCGGGAGGGGGAGGGGGAGGGGGAGGGGGUGCAUUCGUCGCAGGAGGGGGCGCUGCUGCUGCUGGGGGCGGAGGUGACUGGCGUGGACUUUGGGCGGAUGGACGUGAGGGAGCUGAGAGGCCAAGACGUGGUGCUCGUUGACAUUCUGCUACAGCCGGUGCACCAGCGCUGCCACAAGCCCAGCCGAGCUCUCUGGCAGACACUCCGCCACCACUACCUGCUGCCCCCCAAUGGCUUCCCCAUUUUUAAUCCAGACUUCACUCUCCAAGCACCUUCAGAAGCAGACGCAGCAGCAGCAGCGGCAGUGGAGGCAACAGAUGACUGGGUGGUGGUGUGGGGCAAGCGGCCAGGAGCGGGCACAGCGGAGGAGCUAGCAGAGCUGCAUCUCGCCCUCGUGGAAGCAUUCGGAGCCCGCCGCCUGCGCACAGUGGGGGGCUCAGCCGCUUUAGACCUGCUGACAGUGAAGCGCACGUUCAACCGCGCGCGCGUGCUUGUGGCCCCGCACGCCCCCCUGCUCAACCACAUGGUCUUCAUGCCGCCCCGUGCCGUGGUGCUGGAGUUGCGGCCGCAGGGGGCGCAGGGGAGCGAGUAUGCGGUGUUCCAUCGGCUGGCGGAUGCGUGUGGGUUGGAUUACCAUCUGCUGCUGUGUCAGGGGGAGGUGCCCUGGAGAAUGGGGCUGGGGAAUAUGAGCAGGAUUGUGGAGGUGCUGAGAGGGAUAGCAGAAAGUUUUGGAGAAAGAGAUGUUAGCCAGACAGCACUCUACCGCGAAGAGCCUGACGGUGGCAACAACGAAAUGGCGACGGCAACAUCAGCGCAAGACAUGGAGGUGAGGCUGAAGGAGAUGCUGAACAGCAUGGUGCUGAAGGUGCAGGUGGGGGAGAUGGCGGGCGGCGUGGAGGUGCGCGUGGCGGCGUUGGAGGCGAAGCUGAGGGAGCAGGGCGACGCCAUGGCUGCCAUGCAGCGCGACAUGGCGGAAAUGCGCCGCGCCAUGGCCCUCCUCAAGGGGAUCGCGGCGGCGGGCGCUUCGGCGGAGAAGAGUGAGGGUGGGGGAGCGGGACAAGGGAGUGCGUCGGGAGAGUCAGCGGAGGGCAUUGGCGCGCAGCUGCCAAAAGGCGCGCGGGAAAGCAUUGUUGCUGCACUUGAAGUGGAGGAGGUGAAGGUGCGGGUGGAAGCGGCGAGGGGGGAGGCGCGGGACGCGGCGAGUAAGAUGCGCGGGGAGAUGGGCGCACUGAAGGCGGAGCUUGCGCAAUUGAAGGAAGCGGCGGAACAACAUGCGGCGGAGGUGGCGGACGUGAAGGCGACGGCGGCGCGCAUCAACGACCUUGAGCUGGCGCUCGCCGCACUCAAGGACGGCCGUGCGGAGAAGAACAGCGCCGACCGCAGCGAGGGCAGCGCGGGGGAACAUGCGGAGGCGGAGAGGCACGAGGGGAAGAGGCGGAAGAGGGACGAGGCGUGCAAGGAGGAGGAGAUGGCAGAUGCCGCUGUGGGAGUUGGGCCUCCGCUGUUUACCGAUGGUGGUGCCGUUGUUGAGAAGCGGGAUGAGGCGGAAAAGGAUGGCGAAGCGAAGGGGCGGAAGAAUCAUGGAGCGCGCGACACAAAGUCUGAUCUGCAAAGGCUGAUGGCGCUAGUAGAAGCGGUGGAGAAUACGAGCGCUAGUGGAAGCAAGAUGUGGGAGGACUCAACAGACGCGGCUCUGGAAGGCAUUGGCAGCCUGAAGAAUCUCCGCGCACUUGAUCUGUUCAACACCAAGGUAACGGACGCGGGAGUAGCGAAGCUGCAGGGGAUGACGUCACUCGUGGACCUGAUCUUAGGGGCCUGUGCAGCGGUCACUGAUGCCAGCAUGGUGCAUGUGGCGAAACUGACAGCACUGGAAUCGCUCACUCUGAGUGACACUGGAGUGACAGAGGAUGGGCUGCGGCGCUUGAGUUCUCUCGCUGCACUCAAGAUCCUCAUCUUGCCUCCAGGGGUGACCGAUUCCGGCAUGAAGCAUUUGAGGAAUAUGAAACGCCUGGAGAAGCUCGGGCUGUGGGAUGCUAAAAUCACUGCUGCUGGUGUGAAAUGGCUCAACGGGCAUAAGUGGCUUCAAACAAUUGCAACAGACGCUGAAGACGUUGCAGAGUUGAUCAGGGACAUCUUUCCUGGGAUGAUCGUGACACCUGUCCCUCUCUGA